GAUCAUCACCCUUUUUGUCCCUACAUUAAGACCCCAAAGCGGAUCAAUCACUCGUCAUGUCUGAGGCUCCGCGUGUUGAGAUCAACCACAGCACCCUCCCCGACCUGGACCCUUCCGCGCCCUCAAACCGCGCUGCUACUGAUUUCUCGAGCGAUAUGCCGCAAACCAACGGCACCGCGAACGGAGGCCUGGCACAGAGCGCACAGAAGACAGGAAACAGCAUCCUGGAGACAGCACAGCACGCCAUGAACGCCGGUAUCAACCACCCCUCGGUGCAGAACGCAAAGGACACGGUCGUCAACGGACCCGUCGGCCAGAAUGUACAGGCAGAGGCGACCAAGACCCGCGACGAGUUCGCUGAUCUUGCAAACUCCCGACAAACACCAGACCACAAGGCUGCCACCGGCCAGAACCUCACUCACUACCAUAGCAUGUUCUACCGCCUCCUGAGCUGGAAGAACCCUCGUGCAACUGGUAUCGCCUUUGCCUCCACCGUCGUCUUCAUCUUCGCCGCCCGAUACCUCAAUGUCAUCCGCUACGCCCUCAAGCUCCUCUACCUUACACUUGGUGCGACUGUGACUGCCGAGGUUGCUGGACAACUCGCUUUUGGCCGCGGUCUUACCUCCCAGUUCCGCCCGCGUCAAUACUUCACGGUCCCCAAGGCUUCGCUCGAACGCUUGCUUGACGACGUUGAGCAGAUCAUCAACUUCGUCGUUAUCGAGUCUCAGCGCAUAGUCUUCGCCGAGAACGUAUAUGCUAGUGGAGCAGCUUUCUUCGCCUCCCUCAUUUCCUACUUCCUUAUCAAGUUCGUCCCUCUUUGGGGAUUGACCUUGAUCGCGACCGUCGUCACGUAUCUCGGCCCUCUCGUUUACAUUCAGAACAAGGAGGUUAUCGAUGCGCAGCUUGAGAAGGGCCGUCAAAUCGCUAGCCAGCAGGCUACUCAGAUCAAGGGUCUCGCCAACCAGCACGCUGGAAAUGCUGCCAAGACUGUACAGGGUCUCACCCAGCAGUACACGAACAAGGCUCAGGAGACGAUCAACCAGUACCGUGGACGUUCAACAUCCCCCGAGGUCAAGAAGGAGCAGUUCCCCGCCGCUCCCAGCCACGAGCUUGACUCGGAGCUUAGCGAGAAGCCAAUCACCUCGCCGCCCCAGCCUGCAAUGUAAAUUGCUCUACGCUAUCGAUUUGACAGCCUCCACGCGUUCAACAUCUGAGAGGUUCACCGAAACGACUAUGUACUUCCUCAAGUGCAUACCAUAAUUCCACCAGUUCCUUACGCACACCCAUCUUCACGAUGAUGACCUAUGAUGACCUUGGCCUGAGCCUUGAUACGACAGUCACGCAGCCCAAAUUGAACAUGCGCGGUGUAGGAACAUUGUUUUCUCCUAAAAGCUUCUACUCGGCGUCAAUGGCGGCGUCUCUUAUCUUUUCCCUUGGAGUCUGGGCGCCGUUCGUCUCUCAUGGACGGGGUCAGGGUUAAUUGGGCAUGGACACAAGGCGUCGUUGUUCUUCAUGUAUCUGUUAGCGAAUGACCAUUUCUCCUUCAGCAAUUGACUGGA